AUGAAUUGGUUCUGGUUUAUCUUAUUGCCAGUGACGUUGAUCACUAGCUUUCAGCCAAAAUGUAAAAUGAAUUUUAAUGAUUCGCUACACAAGUUUUCACUUCCAAAAACUCUAGCUUUGAACAAUAAUUAUAAGGUGGUAAUACGGCAUACAAAUUGGCUAAAAAAUGUGACAAGUUUGAUUUCUGAAACCCGCACUGAAAGCGAAGCAGACGUCACUAUUUUAUCUCGUUCGGAAAACAUGACACGCUUUUUCUUCGGAAACCUGAACUACACUUAUAAUGGAACAUCUUGUUCAGCUAUACCUGAUAUCUCUGCACUCCCUGCUCUGUAUAUACAACCAGAGCUUGCAAAAGUUCUCAAUUAUACUGGUACAUUCAUGGGAGAUUUGAUCGAUUUCGUUUUAAAACAUAAUUUCACCUAUCAAUAUCUCGCGAAUAAAACCGAUAUUAUUGGGGGAGUCGAUGCAUAUUUGUGGCUUGGAUGUUAUUUUAAUGCAAAUAUAGUAUUUCAGGCAGAAGUAGCUUAUGCAGGCCAACAUUCCUUAACGUCUUAUUCUUCUUCUGUUAAGAACCCAUAUAUGUUAUAUAUACGCAUCGCUGUCUUUGAUGGCAUUAAUUUGCUUGGAUUCGAUUCAGUUGACAUUACACAACUGGAAUUUCUGCCUAAAGGCACAAAGUUGAAUGCGGAACUACCCGAAGGAUUAUACUGCAACGGCUUUCCUGAGUCCAAACGACCAAUUAUGUUUCCGAAGAGAUUCGAAAUGUCUUUUGAUUACAUCGAUGUUAUGGGCAGAGUUAUUCACGAUAUUGAUAUAGAUUAUGAUGGCAAUAGUCGUAUUUUCUCGAUGCAUUUCGAUGUCAAGGGGAAAGGAGACGUACCAUUUAUGGGAAAUGCAACAAUUCCGGAAGCAUUAUCGAAUAUCCAUAUUAUUCAUGAUUUUCAAUAUGGACUGCAGUAUAUACUGGAUGGAGAUAGCAAAGUUUGCAAGACUGUAACAGCAAUUGACGAAAAUUUUGGAAAUAUCAAAGUGCUGAAUGCAUCAACGAAACAAAUUGAUUUAAGAGAACCGGAACAAUUGUUCUGGAGUUCUGAAAAUUCUACUUUCUAUAAUGCGGGAAAGCGCAUAGUAAAUGAUGUGCCACUGGAUGUUUACGUUACGAAAGUAAAUACGUCAACAGCUUCAACAGUGGUAGAAAUGCUUUUUACAUCUGAAAAUUGGGUUGUGGGAAAAGUUAAAGCUCCGCUUCUUUAUUCAAUAAUUCAGCAUCACACGGAUCAUUCUGACAAAAAAACAAAAACAGUAAUUCGAGUCCAUUCAUUCAAAAAUAAUUCAGUGAAUGCAAUUGAGCAAACUUCAUUCUCGACUUUUUCAUGUCUCAAAUUAGUUGAAUCCAGCUAUGUAUACGUUACUAUCAAAAACACAACGCUAGCUUAUUUGGAGAACGUGGGAAUAGAUCGAGUUCAAGAAAGAUUGCGAGAAACUAUAGCACGUGUUGCGGGUGUAUCAGUAUUACGUAUUGGCAAUUUCUUCUUUAAGCAGAUGCAAGAAACAGUCAUUGCCUUUUUCGUUAUUGGAGAAAGUUCAGGUGUCAAGCCAGCAAAUACAUGGAAUAGAUCUAAUGAAACAAGCGCUAAAGCAGCAUUAAAUUCUUUGAAUUUGACAUUAAAUGAAAAGGAUAUAACUUUUUUUGUUCCGAUCGACACACACUCUGUGAUGCUAAGUCUUUCAAAAUCUAGUCUUGGAACCAUACCAUCUACAUGGAAACCAACGGUCAUUCCCUCAUUUAGUGGGUAUACUGGUGGUUCAAUGUUUGUUCUUGGUUUUUUCAUGCUUUUGCUGGGUGCUGCACUUGCUGUCGGCAUUGUAUAUCUCAUUUGGACUAGACAACACUACAGCGGUCUCGCUUAUCAAGUAUUCGAGUGA